UUGUUGGUGCAAUGAUCAGUCACGAGGCUGCUUGGACAGGAGCCCAGCGUCCCACCCGCAGAUUAAAGGCGCUCUAACAGGCCCAUGCAGGGAAGGACGCCGCCCAGCUGCGGCUCCGCAGAGGCCGCCCGCAUCCCGUCCACUGGGCGAUGGCGCCAUCUCGCGGCAGCAGUGGGAACGGGGCCGAGCAGGGCUGUUCCGCGCGGUGCCGGGGACAGCGGCCCUCUAUGUAGAAAGUGUGGGCCACGCUGGACCGGAGGGAAGAGAAUUCCCAGCUGGGAGCAUUUAGCCGCGUCAUCACAUUCGACUGCCACUCGGGAGAGCAGCUCGGGCUGCAGCGCCACCGCAGCGGUUCAUCACGUGACGCCACCGCAGGAGCCACAGGCCCAUGGACCAAAUACAGAGGAGAAUCCUGGAUCAGCGCCCCUCCGUCCUGCCUUCCCCACCCAAGAAGAAAAGAACAUCUUUCUUUUCCAAGGUCUUCUGGAAACUGAGGUUCCAGAAGAGGGAGCCUCUGAAAAAGGUGCUUCUCAUCUUGGCAGAAAGAGCCCAAGACCCCAGUGCUAAAAAGCGUCACAUGGCAAUGAGAGGCCUGGGAACCUUGGCUCGUGAAGCCCCCAGCAAGGUGAGAAAGUAUAAGAAAAUUGUCCUGGGCCUGCUGGUGCAUGGGCUCUAUGACCCUGUGAGUUCUGAAGUCAUCCAGGAGAGUAUGAAGACUCUGACCAUUAUUCUGGGCAAGAUCCAGGGCAAAGCCCUGGGGUCCUUCUUCAUAGACAUCACCCUUCAGACCCGGACUUUAUUAGAUGACGAAGAUGACAAUCUGAGAUACUCAGCCUUUGUUUUGUUUGGGCAAUUGGCUGCCUCUGCUGGGCGGAAAUGGAAGAAAUUUUUCACCUGUCAGGUUAAGCAGACCCAAGGUGCUCUCCUGAUCCAUUUACAGGAUAGAAACCCCCAGGUUGCUAAGGCUUGCAAAACAACUCUUCGAGCUUGUUCUCCAUAUCUGAAACUAAGGAAGGAAUACAGCUUCCAGAACGAAGAUGAUCAAAGGAACCCCAAACUCUGCUGGCAGCUGAGCCAUUAUCCUCCAGAGCUCCUGCAGUUCUUCUAUGCAAAUAAAAUUCUGUAAACAUGGAGCAGCAGGGAAGUGGUUCUGUGCGGGCACAUUGCCAGGACCUGGAGUUCCCCCGUUUUAUCUCAUUAGACUCCUUUUCUGCUUGCUUCUUGUGAGCGCACAAGAAAAGAGCCUGCUAGGAGAGCAAUCAAUGGCAGACACAAAAAAUACUAUAGAGUCGUAUAAUUAUAUCUAAAGUAAAAUUCUAAACUGCUUUCACUUAUCUCAUGUUCUUCCCAUACAAAUGUGAUGGAAAGAUACACGUUUUCUGUCAAACAUUUCCAGUGUUUGUAGAUUCAUUGCUUACGUCUUGGUCGUUUCCUUUUAAGGUCAUCUCUGUUACCCAUCCUUUAUUUUUAAUAUUUAAUUUCUGAGGCUUAGAAAAUAACUGGUACCUUAGUUUUUUGAUUUUUUUUGUAACAUAUUUGCUUUUGAUACUUUGCUAUUUGCUAUUGAUACCUCUUGUUGCAAAGACUUAUUGGAAGUUGGCCAAGAUACCAAGAAGGGGUAUCUUUAGCUUCCUGUAAUUUUAAACAGUCACUGCCUUUAAGGUUCUCCUAAAUAAGAAUUAAUAAAGAGAAAAAAGCUAUAAAGCAUGGGUUGAAAAUCCUCAGGCUAAGGUAAUCUAUGGAAGAAUAACAACACUGAUUGAGAGUGUUUACAAUUUAAUGGGCACGUUCAAAAGUAUUAGAUGAUACUUAUUCACGACAGCCUUAUGAGAUAGGUAACUGUUAUUAACCUCGUUAAUAACAUUAGUAUUAUACAUGAGGAAACCAAGGUACAGGGAAGUUCGGUAACUUGCCCAAGAUAACUCAGUAAAGUGGAGCCAGAAUUCAAACUCCUAUAAUGGGACUUCUGGGGCUCACUCUCUGUAACCAGGCAAUCCUGCCUCUUCAUGGAAUAAUUGAUGGAUGGUUACAAAUGUACAAAGCAAAAUAAAACAAAUAAAAACAA